AUGGCAGCUCGUUUGGGUAAAAGUGUGCAAAAUUGUCAUCGAAUUGUUGGUUUUUUGUAUAUUGCUGAAUUAGCUUAUUCAAUUGGUCUCAAAUAUCUUGAAAGAUACGAUCAUUUUCCUAAUAAUGGCAAAAUUACAAUUGAAUUUAUUGAAUAUAUAGAAAUUUUGUUUGCUGAAUACCUUAUCGAUGAAAACAAUGAAUUCAUUCAACAUUAUAUUAAAUUUGAUAUGGUGGAACGAUGUCGAGAUGUUAUAACAGGAAACAUUGAACAAUACAAACUAGUAAUGUAUUUGACACCAGAAGAACGAUUUACAGAAGUAAAACAAUCAUCGUCAGCAUUAACAUCUUUAAAACGUGAACAAGAUAGCGAAAAUCUAUCAAAAAAACAAAAACGUAUUAUUCGAUUACAGCCACGUAUGACCGACAUUAUGGCACGAGUGCUUUGUUUUCGAUCCAUUGUCUUCACAUCAUCUAAUCUUUAUACCGAUAGAGUUAUAAAACGAUCGGCUAGCAUUCUUGGUUCAGCAUUAGCUAAAUUGAUUGAAUUAGAUCUUCUGCUUAUAGUGAAAAAAGGAUUUAUUAGUUCUAAAUGGACGGCUGUUUAUGUAAAAAGAUUACCUGAUCCAUUUUCAACAGAUGAUCAAAUGAAAUUUGAAUGCAAAUUAGGUAAAUUUGGUAUAUCUGGUCUUAAUCUACAAAGUUUUCGUGAAACCUGUUAUGAACUUCUUAUUGAUGGAAAGGGAAAAGUAUCAGAUAAGCUUAUUAAUGUGUUACAACAACAUGAAUAUAAGGAACUCAAUUUGGACAUGAGCAUUCUUAUUGAACGUUCUAGUAAGUACAUUGUACUUCAUCUAGAAUAUCUACGUUUACUUGAUAGAAAAUUAUCAAUCUGUCGAAAAUGA